AUUUUUUUUUUAAAGUCUACAGUUUUUAACUAAAUUUAAUUGAAGUGAUCAAACCAAUUUUCUUGUGUUUUUUUAUCCGUUCCCUAUAAUGACACCCUUUCGCCAAUUUCUGGCUAUGAGCUUUUUGAAGUGGGCUUUGAUUAUGAUCCUGAUGUUAUGGAGCUUUUUUGUGUUUAUUUAUAUUUCGAAAUUGAAUGUAGAGAAUGUAUUGGACUCCGAUUACAAGAUGACGCGACUGAAUCAAGCGACAACAUCUGCGGAACAAUCUGAGAAAAGGAAUGCCGAACUCGAGGCUUUAAUUGACGAAUAUUUAAGCGACAAAUCAAUACGGCCUGAACAAAAAUGGAAACUUAUCGAUGUCAUCGAGAGCAAGCUUGUGCCAUAUGCUGCAUUACGGAACAAAAUCAUCGAGCCUUCCGUCGAAUACGAGAAACUACGUCGACGCGUCCAGAGCAACACACAAGAGAUGUGGAACUAUGUGAAUAGCGAAAUGAUCGAAUUGAAAAAAAUUGGUAACCCUGGGAGUGCAAAUUUUUCGGUGCAGAUUGAUGCAAUUAUAAAUGCGGCAGCUGAACAAAAGAACUCAUUGCUGCAUGACUUGGACCAAUUGGCCGAAGUGGAUGGCUAUGAAGCCUGGAGAUUGAAAGAAGCCGCAGAAUUGAGUGAUUUGAUGCAGAGGCGAUUACAUCAUCUACAAAAUCCAGAAGACUGCGGCAAAGCACGAAAGCUAAUGUGUCCUUUGGAAGUGGAUUGUGGUUAUGGCUGCGAACUCCAUCACGUCGUAUACUGCCUAAUAAUGGCCUACGCGACCGAACGAACUCUGCCGAUAUCCGAUACAUGUCUCACAUCUGAGGGAGCAUCAUACGGCACAUGGUCUAACGACAUACAAAAUAUACAAGUGGUCGAUAUUCCACGGAUGGAUAAUCUGAUUCCACAAACACCUUUCCUUCCACAGGUGAUACCAGAAGAUCUUGCACCACGUUUAACGCGUUUGCACGGCGAUCCAUUUGUAUGGUGGGUGGGACAGUUUCUAAAGUAUUUGCUUCGGAUGCAGCCGCAAACUCACAAUAUGGUGGACGGUCACCGUCAAAAAUUGGGUUUUACGAAACCAAUCGUUGGAGUACACGUUCGUCGAACGGAUAAACUUACGCAAGUGAAAUCGCACAACGUGGAAGAGUAUAUGAUUUGGGUGGAAGACUACUUCAACAGGUUGGAAAUGUCUCAACCUGUGGUUAAGAGACGUGUUUUUCUGGCCACAGACGAUCCGAAAGUUAUUGAAGAAGCUCGCAAGAAAUAUCCAAAGUAUGACAUUAUCGGCGAUCCUGAUGUGGCUCGCACAGCGGCUGUUUCGACUAGAUACUCCAACUCGUCAUUGAAUGGCAUUAUCUCAGAUACUCACUUACUGUCAAUGUGUGAUUAUGUAGUCUGUACAUUCAGUUCACAGGUUUGUCGUAUGGCUUACGAAUUUAUGCAAACGAUGUAUCCGGACGCUUCAAAUCGAUUCAAAUCGGUGGACACAAUUUACUUUUUCUAUGGAACGAUUCAUAAUCGAGAAGCGGUUAUUUCGCAUCGAGCAAAAAACACAAUCGAACUUUCCAUGAACGUAAGCGAUACGCUGAAAAUAUUCCAUAAUCUUGGCAACGGAUUUUCUAAAGGAAAAUCUCUACAGACAAAUCAGACCGGCAUAUUUCCGUCAUUUAAAGUUGUCAGUACGGUUGAAACGGCUGACUUUCCAAAAUAUAUGAAUAUCAACUAGAAA